AUGCCUAAAAAGAAGAAAAUUAAACAGGAGGAUGAUGUGCUGACAAUGAUGAUGGAAGGAAAAUGUCCUCACAACAGCCCUAUGCCUCUCCCACCGUGCUUUCAACUUCCUAAUGGGCACAUUGUGCUUAAGCUGAAGAGUGGAUAUGCCUAUUCUAGAAAAUCAAAAGGCAUGAAGAGACACAUAUCUGGAAGAGAUGAGCCAGAUAAUAAGAAAAAAAGGAAGAACACAGUGUCAGAAAAAGGUACCGUGCCUCGUAAAAGGAAGAUUCAGAACACAGAUAAGGGUGAAGUGGCAAACGUUAAAAAGAAAAGGACAUCAGCGCAGAAGGUGUACAUAGAGGAAGCCUGUUCAACAUCUCAGCCCACAGGAAAAGCAGCCAGCCCCAGGCUUGGGGUAGAGGCGCCAACUUCCCUUGAGAGCCUGGUAUUCCACCAGGAACUUGGAAGGGGAGGAUAUGGGAAGGUUCUGCUGGCCUCAGAUACCCUCAACAAGUCGAAGUGGGCUGUGAAAAAGGUCAAGAAGAAACAUCUCAGGGGCUCCAUUCAGAUUGAGGAACAGGUUCUGGAAAUGUCAGCCGGAUGCCGUUUCCUUGUCCAGGGAUAUUCCUCAUUCGAGACUGAACGCCAUCUUGUCUAUGUGAUGGAAUAUCUCUGUGGAGGGACCUUGCAUGAUUAUCUUGCAGUCAAUUCAAUUCUUGACAACAACAUUGCAAAUUUUUUUGCGGCGGAAAUAACCUGUGGGUUGAAGUAUCUCCACUGCAAUGGCGUCGUCCACCGUGACCUAAAACCAGGAAAUAUCCUUUUAGAUGCUGCAGGUCACGUCAAAAUUGCUGAUUUUGGAUUAGCCCUCUUGAACAUGUUUGGCAACAAGACAGCAACUGGACGGGUUGGGACAAAGGGGUACAUGGCUCCUGAAAUGAUCCGUGGAGAGCAUUAUGACUCUGCUGUUGACUGGUGGGCAUUGGGAGUUAUAUUGUAUGAGAUGGCCACAGGAGGACACCCAUUUGAUGAUGGAUCUGAUGGCCAUGUGGUCGACACAUCGGUCCUGUACAAUACUCCCUAUCUCCCACUCUGGCUCAGCUUGGAGGAGAAAGAUAUAUUAACACAGCUUCUGUCCAAGCAACCGUCUUCUCGGCUGAAGCUGGCAACCAACAUUAGAUGCCACCCAUUCUUCCAGUCAAUUGACUGGGAUGAACUUGAAGAUGGCAGAGUCGCUCCCCCAUUGCAGCAGUCACACAAACUCCGGAUCAUUCGCUAG